AUGUCUAAUGCACCUGAAAACAACAGCUACAAGAGGAAACUUGUUCGCUACAGAAAUAGCAACAGUAGUUUCCAGCAGCUGGUGUUGGUGGAGAACAGACUCAGUGAGCAGUACUUUUCUGCUCUGCAGAAGUUUGUGGUGUUUGACCUCGGCCUGACUUUGCUGCUGGUCAGCUGGCAGACGGAGGCCUCGCAGCUCAUCACUCAGAUCGUUCACGGGGGCGGCAAAGAGAACCCCUUCAAGAGGAGGAGCUCAUCUCGGCUGUUGGACCCGCUGGUCCUGGCUCUGGUGCAGCAUGUCUCCGGAGUCAGUAGGGUCAAAGCUGUGACCCUGCUGAAGCAAUUCUGCAACGCCGCCCCUGCAGAGCUGGAGCCCAUUGUGGGUCAGGCUGCAUUUCAGCAAAUCCACAGCUUCUUCCACAAACCCACGGCUGCUGGAACAUGAAGGCUCACCUCUGGACCUUUAUGUAACCAGGAAAGUUUGGAUUUUCUGGUAAUACAGUUACUCUUUGAUU